AUGGUGGCUGCUAACUUUGUGACCAUUGGAAGUGAUGUGCACUUCAGACCUCGUGUCACUCUUGAAGGAGACUCUUGCCUGGUCACCAAGGUGGUGGGGAGGUGCCGGGCCUCUAUCCCCAGGUGGUGGUACAAUGUCACUGACAGGUCCUGCCACCCAUUUGUGUAUGGAGGCUGUGAGGGCAAUGACAAUAAUUUCCUGAGCAAGGAGGAGUGUCUUGAGAAAUGUGCUGGCAUCACAGAGAACGUUGUCAGCCAUGCCGCCAGCAGAAAUGGAGCAGAAUCCCCUGUCCCAAGUGUUCCCAGAAGACAGGAUUCCAGUGACCUUUCCGAGGAUAGUUUCAACUAUGAAGAAUACUGUGCAGCCAAGGCUUUCACAGGGCCCUGCCGGGCCGCCUUCCCACGCUGGUACUUUGAUUCUGAGAAGAAUUCCUGUGAUAAGUUCAUCUAUGGCGGUUGUCGGGGCAACAAGAACAGCUACCUCUCCCAGGAGGCCUGUAUGCAGCACUGCUUUGGCAAACAGAUGUAUCCUGUCCUGACCCCCGGCAGCAAAGCUGUGGUUCUGGUGGGACUGUUUGUGAUGGUCCUGAUCGUUCUCCUGGGAGCCUCUGUGGUCUGCCUGAUCCGGCUGGCGCGAAGAAGGCAGGAGCAAGCACUCCAAGCUGUCUGGAGCACUGCAGAUGACAAGGAGCAGCUGGUGAAGAACACAUAUGUCCUGUGACAGCUCUGCUACCAGAAUGGGGUGGGUGGGCGGGGACCGUGUGCUUUUAAAUAGAGUGAUUUCUAGUAACUGUGAGAUCAUUAGGGCUUUGCUGCAUGUUACCCAGGUGGCAGGCCAGCAGGGAAGGCACCUGCCAAUCCUGGUGGCUCUGCUGGAAGCUGAUUCACCACCUUGGUGGCUGCUGUCCUCCAGGUGGAGAGCCCCAGCGUCUCCUUUCUCAUCCCAGCAGUCAUCGCCAUAAUUUUCCCUUGUUCAUUUGUUUAAGUUGUGUUGUGUUUUGUUUUUUAAAGUAGAAACAAGGAUUUUUUUUAUUAGGAUUCUGAGAGAAGAGAGCUACAAGUUUAAUAAAAAAAAAAAGGUCCUUUUAAACUAA